GCUAGUGUAGUUCACACAGAUCAUCAAAAUACUAAUGGCCUCGGUUAUCUGUGUAUGUUGUGUGCAGUAUGAUGAAAGAAUAGCGUUUUUUGAAUGUUUUACCUAUAAUUAAUAAAAACAUUAACACAGUGCUAGUGCCGUAUGGUCUAAACAACGAAAAACCGUUGAAAAUGCGUGCGAACAAUGGCUAUUUGCCCGUGUUAAGGCCGAAAUUGUUAUGAAUGACAGUGAUUUCCAAAAUGGUGGGUGUUUAUUUUCGAUGUUUAUUUGUUAUUUUGAUGGUUGCGGGUUCGUUGUUGGCCAAACCGAAGGAUUGUCCGGAAAUUUGCCAGUGUCUUGGUAAAUUCGUCGACUGCAGCUCCAGGAAUUUGGAUCGCAUCUUGCCGUCAGUGCCAAAAUGGGCAACUCACCUAGACUUACAUAACAAUUCCAUACAAAAUAUUGGCAAAAACGAUUCGAAAAAUUUGCCCAGCCUAACUGAACUCAAGUUAAAUAAAAAUAACAUUAAGACUAUACCCAAAGAUUUUCUUAAAAAUCAAGAGCAUCUCAAGAUCUUAGAACUAAACCGAAACAGGCUUAAGGUCAUUGAGGCUCUCAGUUUUCAACAUUUGGUGCACUUAAAGGCGCUUAAACUAAAGAGAAACCAAAUACUAGAGUUAUCUGAUGGGGCUUUCUAUGGCCCACACAAAAUAGAAAAACUAUUGUUGGACUAUAAUAACAUACGCGUUAUAUCUAAAGGAUGGCUGUAUGGGUUGACUGAUUUAAAAGAGCUUACUGUAAGCCAUAACAAUAUUUCCGCUAUUGAUAAUGAAAGCUGGGAGUUUUGUAAACACAUCACAUUUUUGGAUCUCUCAUAUAAUAGACUUGAAACCUUGGAAGUAGACACAUUUAAACAUCUAAACGAUUUACAGAAACUAGUACUAAAUAACAAUAACAUUAGGUAUAUAAAGGAGAACGCAUUUCAGGAUCUAAAAAAACUCAAAAUAUUACAUUUACAUAACAACAAAAUAUGGUGGACAAUUGAAGAUGGCCAGGCCGUUUUUAUAGGCCUUAACGAUUUGACCAAAUUUAAUUUGGCCGGAAAUGAUAUUAAAUCGAUUAACAAGAACGCUUUUGUUGGUCUCAAGAAUGUGACAUACUUGAAUUUGUCUAAUAAUAACAUCACAUCCAUACAAAAGGACGCAUUUAAUGAAGUGCCUUUACUUAAAGAGCUGCUCAUUAAUACUACAAGUUUGAUUUGCGAUUGCAACAUAAGGUGGUUGCAAGACUGGGUUAGCGCUAAGGGGUGGAAUUUUAACGCUCAGUGCGCUUUUCCGGAAAAGCUUCAAGGUUUUUCGUUGUUUAACGUAUCUUCCAGCAUUUUGACUUGCAAUGAGCUUCCCAAACCCAGACUAACCAAAGAACCUGAUGUUGAAAUAAUGGCUUUAAAAGGUGAAAACGUUAGCCUCAACUGUGAGGCUAUGUCCAGCUCCAACAGUAUUAUGACGUUCCAAUGGAAGAAAGACAACAUGGAAAUAAUAAACGCUGAUAUAACCCACAACUCCACCGUAGUGGAUAAUAAAACUAUGAUCGGCAACUCGCAAUUGAAUCUGCGUUGGGUCAAUAAUUCCAAUGCCGGUAAAUAUCAAUGCGUGGUGUCGAACAAAUUCGGCACCACCUACUCGAACAAAUCGACGAUGUCCGUCUUGGUGUUUCCAAAGUUUAUAAAACGUCCUCAGAACAUAACGGUCACGGCCGGCGAGACGGCUAGACUCGAAUGCGCUGCCAAUGGUGAACCGCAACCGGAAAUCGGCUGGAAAAAAGACGGCGGCAACGACUUCCCGGCUGCUAGAGAACGUCGCAUGGAGUACAUGACCAAUGACGACGUAUUCUUCAUUCUAAACGCCAAGGAAAGCGACAUGGGGGUAUACAGUUGUACCGCGCACAAUGCCGCCGGUACAAACGUUGCCAAUGCUUCCCUAAUAAUCAAUGAUAAACCAUCGUUUGUUAAAUCUAUGGAGGAUAAGGAGGUGAUAGCUGGAAAUAUAGUAGCACUACAAUGCAUGGCCAGUGGUAGACCAAAACCGAACAUAUCCUGGUUAAAAGAUGGUGCAGCUAUAAGGGCGACGGAACGACACUUUUUUACGGCGGAAGACCAAUUGAUGAUUAUAGUUGACACUACAGUUUCUGACUCUGGCAUUUAUCAAUGUCAUUUGGCCAAUAGCCUGGGGGAGGUUUCCGAACAUAGCAGGCUUGUAGUUAAACCAGGUGAGACGUACAACAACAUUAUGGGUAUAAUCAUAAUAACCGUAGUGUGCUGCGCGGUGCUGACCUCUAUAGUGUGGGUUGUUAUAAUCUACCAAACACGCAAGCGCCCUGCCAUGCCACCACAUCCGGUGGAAUUGAACGAGAUGGCGGACUAUAGAGACAACUUAACCCAGCCUACUUUGCAGUUGAGACAUUGUCCCGAUAAUUUGUCUGAGCAUUCGUCUUGUAAGGAUAGUGGUACGGGAGAUUCGGCUAAGAGAAGCAGCGACGACCUGGUGCCGGAGGAAUUUAUGGUUAUUAUAAGUGAGAAUGGGGAGAUGGUGCCCUCUCACGCGCCGUUGCUGCACUAUCCGCGUUCCACCAACCACGAUCGGGCCAACAACGAGUCGGAUAUAUCGGUGGUACAGUCUGAUAGAGACUAAAUGGUACAAUUGAAACUGUAUAUAGUUUUGUAUUCCUUAGUUCCUGAUUUUAGAUAUUAAGACAAAAAACGACUGUUUUGAGGGCAUGCUCCAAAAAAAGUACUAAAGGAAAUGGUUCUUUAUUUUUCGUUCCAUCAACGUAUUAGUAUUAACAGUAUUAAUGUUUUUUUUCUACUUUUGACAGUAUUGAGAUUAGAUUUUAGCAGCUAUUCAAAAACCUACAGUGAGUCGAAAAAUAAAGAAUCAAUAUGAAUGUUUUUAAUACCUUGUGAUAUUAUUUUUUAAUAAGGUAUGUAUUGGUUAUUUUUAGAAUCUGCCCUUAGUAUGUACAAUUUUAUUAAACGUUUAAGUCUUUAUUUAGUAGUUGUUAAAUGUAGAGACGUCGUUAGGGUUGCCGAAAAAUGUUCAUUAUGAGCCUUUCAAUAAAUAAUGUAUUUACUUGAAAAGGUUGAUAUUUUAAACAAAUAUUAAAAAUAUUCCCCAACACCAAAACAAAACAUACUUCGCUUCUGAAGAUGCCAACAUCGUUGGCGAAAAGUUCUUUAAGCACUUUGUGUUUUAUUUUGUAGGUAUUGUUUAUUUGUAUAUUUUUGUUUGAACUUAAUUAACACUUAAAUAAAGACGCAGACUUUGAAAUCUCAAGAAUUGUCAAUGUUAAGGACAAUUUUUAGGGAAGAAGAACAGAAGAAGUUUGACCUUCCGGAGAAAGGACAGGUGGCAACCCUAGACGUCGUGGAUGUGAUAUGAAGUAUAUAUGUGUUAUUUAUUAAAUUCUGUAUGUCUGUGUUAUGUGCAUGUCUGUUAUUUUUACUCGGAUAUAUUUUAGUUUUGGAUUUCAUAAGAUAUUCAUGUAGGUACCUACAUAUACUACACGAAAUUUUAUUUAUUUUAUUAAUACAAGUAUUCUUUUUUGUAUAUUCUCCCACUAUAGUAUUAUUAAGUAUACCUCAAUGUGAUUUAUAUUUUCUGUCCAAAAUAAAAUUAAUAUUGUAUUAUUUUUUUAUUUUUAUUACAACAAACACCGCACCACACAACAUUUAUAUAGGUUUUUUGGAAAGUACACAGUCAUACAAAUAAACACUGGCAUGGCAUGUCAAAAUUAUACAGGGAAAAUAUACCUACAUACAUACACAAUUAAAAUUGUUCAAUAGUUGGUGUAUUGGCAAUAUAUUUUUAUUUAAAUUAAUCUACGUGCUUUUAUUAGAUAAAUUUACGUUUGGUAAGCAAUUUUUG